AUGCUUUUCUGGGGCCCCCAAUCCGCAUCCAGAUAUGUGGCGGCGAACAACCGCACCGUCUUCGAAAACACCACCGAGGCCAACAUCACGUCGUACUACCUGCCCUUGUCCACAUUUCUCCGGGGAGGACACGAAAAGUGUGAUGUGUACGUUAUUGGGUCGUACGACGAAAGCUUCAACGACCCUGACGUCCAGGACUUUAUCACCAGUUUCGUCGCCAUGGGCAAGGGCAUCAUCGUGGUAGGCCCCGAUCUCAUGCCCAGCAAAUUCUACGCGCCGGAUACUCCUGCCGUACCUGCCGUACCGGAGCCGCCGGUAGCGCAGGCGGCCGCAAAACCGCAACCGCAACCGCAACCGGAUAACAGUGGCCAUAUGGGCGGUGGGGCACGGGGAAGGCGAUCGCUGAUUGGCCGUUAUGACGGCUCUACGAGCAACCUGCUGGGUGCGGGAGCGACCGAGGAGACGAUUAUGCAAAUGUGGGAGGCAGAAGGCGCCGAUGCCGUUGGCAGUGGCUAUGUGAUUGUACGACGGUCGUUGCAGACGGGUGGGGACUGCCAAAAUCCCCAUGCAAAAGCCCGGGCCCGCUUGCCGCCUUCUCCGGGACCGGGAAACGACCUCGCCAAUAAACUAAACUUUAACAUCAACAGGGCCAAGGUCAACGACCCAGGCGGCAGACUUUUGCAGCCAGGCUCGCCUGGUGGAAACGGACUUGAGGACGCCCAGAAAUACCUCUCCUAUCUGAAGGGCCAGAGGAACCUUACGUACAACGAAAUAUGCAAUAUUCGUGAUACAAUUCGCUGGGUUAAGGAAACCGUUCGCCCGGGCACCACGUCAGCGGACGCUCUGCUUCAAAUGAUGUCUGAUAUUGAGGAAGAAGAGAAGAAGCGGCCAAUGUUUCCACCGUUCACACGCCUGGCGCCGCCGAGACGGCCGCCUUGGUACGAUCCGCCAUCACCGAGGACGCCGCCUUCGUACUUAUCUAGGCCGCCGCCGUUGCCUGCCAAUCUACCUCCCAACGUACGCUACGUUGGCUGCUAUUCCGAAUUUCCCAAAAAUGGCACUCCGCUGCUGAAUAAAAAUGUUACUGUCAACGCGUGCUGGAACGUGUCAACAUCCGCCUACAACGCCAAGGCCGGCUACCUCAUUGGUAUGCAGAAGAUUAGAUGUUAUGGCGCCCAGCUGCCAUCCACGGAUAAUUUAAACUCAGCAUUGAGUGAUACACAGUGCGAUGCGCCCUGUACAGAUCAGCCAGGACUGGUGUGUGGCAGCUUCGGAAAUAGUCAGGGGGUCCCGGGUUCAACCGCCUUCGCUGUGUACUUGCUGGUAUAGCGCUAAUGGGCAAUUAUGUUUCUACAUUCGGUCUUUGUAAUUUUGUUAUAAAGGAAAAUAAACUUUGGAAUCAGGUUUAUAGUAGGUCAGGAGCAUGUAAGGAUGGAUCCUGCUGAUGACUUGAUGUAGGCGGAGCCUUGAAGAGUGGUGCCGGGGAAGAUAUUUGUGAGUACUUGUAGGUAUGCGAAUUAAUCAUAUUGGAUCGGAUCGGAUUUGUUUCUUCCUGCGAAACCAUCUGAUCGAGACGCAACACAGGAAUGAUAUUUUCUUUUCAUGGUUGCGUGGCCCGAUGGAGACUUAGUCAAGCAUGAGGUUCCCCGUUGAUCAUCGUGCGAGGCAGGCCAUGAGCUCUGAAUGGUUUUAGAUAUCGUCUUGAACAGCCAUAUCUCUCCUAUCGACCUGUCGCAGAAAAUUUGUAUUCUCUCGCUACACGCAAGAAGCGCAGCUGCUGAGAUAAUUCCAUAUCCUUUACAGAUUGCAGCAGGUAUCGAGCAGAAGGCAGGAGAGCAGGUGCAUGUACAGGUGCAUACGCCGAGGCCGCUACUUGGCCUACUGCAUCCGUGCCUGAACCCCCUCAUAGGCGAUACCUUAUCAACUGCGUGUUAUUUCAUGCCACGGGAUACGCACCUGUGCAUGUGUUGAUUUGUGCCGAACCUUAAACUUCGUGACGUAUUGUGUGUGCGGGGUUUUUAGACGACUGUGAGAAGCUACAAAAGUCCCUAUGGCAUAAAACGAGGGGUAAACCCCCCUUAAACAUAACCCAGGGGUUAGGGGUAGGGGUAAGUGGCUAUGUACGAAGGGAGGUGGGUAACCUAACCCGGAGGCGGGUAACCUUACCCCUUACCGAGGGGUAACAAAGGGGUCGGGUGUCACGACAUUGUAGCGUCACGUUCAUUUUACCGUCUUUCUUACUCGUCUAGGUUAUGUCGGUAUGAAUAUGCGUAUUUCGUGUUGUCUUAUACUCGUGUAAGGUGUUUGGUAACUACCUUACACUCGCAUCACUGAUUGAUUUGUGGACGAAAUGUGAUUGCAUACUCGCUUGUGUAUGUUUACGUAUUUUACCUGUGAAUUAUCCCUUACUUGUGUGAAUGUUUUGUCACACCGAGACAAUGUGCUUUACUAUCGUCAUUCGUGGACUAUACGUCGUAGUCGCACUCAAGGCUUAUCUCUUGAGGGCCUCCUGUUAUCGAUUGCUUGACUUCGGUAAUUGUAGUGAGCUUGGUAAAGUCGCUUUACGGCUCUUCUCUUCUCCAUUGAAAAUUGUAACGUUCGUUGAGCUAG